UGGAAUCCUGGAAUCCUGGCUAAAGGAAUACGAAAAAAACAGGCAAAACACUCAAUUUUGGAAUCCUGAUACAGAAUACUGUGCAGUAGCGUGUGAGUAAGCAGAAUCAUAAAAUAGAAAACUGGAAAAAAAAAGAAACCUGGAAUCCUGGAAUCCUGGCCAAAGGAAUAAAAAAAAAGUCAAAAAACUCAAUUUUGGGAUCCUGAUACAGAAUACUGUGCAGUAGCGUGUGAGUAAGCAGAAUCAUAAAAUAGAAAACUGGAAAAAAAAGAAACCUGGAAUCCUGGAAUCCUGGCUAAAGGAAAAAAAAAAAAAACAGUCAAAAAACCCAAUUUUGGAAUUAGUCAGACGAGCAGCCAUGAAAAGUUGUUGAUAACUGGCGGGAAAAUUGGGAACUGUCCAGCAAUGGUGAGAAGAAGGACAGGGGAGGAGAAUAACUGGCUGUAACAGCGGCCUGUGAAGGACUCCCAGUGGCCGUUUUGAACUGGAGCUUGCUUCCUCUCUCUCUCUCUCCGUCUCUAUCUCUCUCUCUCUCUCUCUCUCACUGCAUCACUCCCAGGUUCCAGGAAGGCCAUGUCAGCGUCCAGAACCACCACCACCACACUGCUCACCUUGACGGCUCUCAGCUGCCUCAUACAAGGCGGCUGCGCCAUCAAGUGGGUACGUUUCGCCGUGCCCUCGUACGCCUCCAGGGGCGACGACGUCGUGCUCACGUGCGAGUUCGACCUCGAGGGCGAGAAGCUGUACUCGGUCAAGUGGUACAAGGCCGGGAAGGAGUUCUACCGCUACGUCCCGGGCGACUGGCCGCCACAGCAGGCCUUCGAGAGGCUCGGGAUAACCGUCGAUGUCUCUCAGAGUAACCACGAGACGGUGACACUCCGGGAGCUCACCCUCGACGCAGGAGGCAGGUACAAGUGCGAGGUACUGACGGAGGCGCCGAAGUUUAGGACUCUGGUCAAGUCGUCCGUUAUGCGAGUGGUUGAACUUCCCCACGGUGGACCGGAAGUGACUGGAGGGGAGCACGAGUACCGACUGGGCGACAUGGUCAACCUCACCUGCACGGCACCCAGGGCCAUUCCUGCCCCGGUGCUCACUUGGUACAUCAAUGGGCAAGAGGCCCCACAGGACUACCUAAUACGCUACCCCCAGAAGCAGGACAGCUCCGGAAUGUACGAGGCAAAGUUGGGACUGCUCUUCCGGGCGGAGCGCUGGCACUUCGACGAAGACCGAGUGACCCUCCGGUGUACGGCGGCCAUCCAGAAGUUCUACCAGAGGGAGGGCCACCACAUAGGCGUGGUCGUGCACCCUCUCAAACCGGCGCUCCUAGAGGACCACAACGCAGGUAUCUCUUCAACGCUGUUGGUUCAAGUCUGGUUGAUGCUGCUUUGCUGUUUCCUGCUGCAUCUCUGAUGGGGGUGAUCCCCUGCCUUCACACCUGCUGCUGUGGCAGCAAUGCUGUCGAAAAGCGUCGCCGACUUGUUCUGUAGCAAACAGGGUCUCACAAAUUUACAGCUGUUUCCAAAAGGGAGCCGAUCAUUAUUAUUAUUAGUUUUAGAAAUGACAAAUAUCCAACACUGAACUGCCAGCUCAACCUAUGAUGAAUGACAUUCUUACUAGAUCUUUCACGCCUUGCUGAUUCGUCCUGCUCUGCUCAGUAGGUACCCUGCUAUCCUGCUUUCUGUUAAUUAUGUCUCCCUCUUAUCCUGCUCUCCGUUAAUUAUGUCUCCUUCUUAUCCUGCUUUCUGUUAAUUAUGUCUGGGUUAAUGGACAUUCUUUUACUCGACAACCCGCCCAAAUUGUAUUAUUUAAAGAGCUCAUGGAUGAUACUUCCGUAUUCGAAACGCUGUUGAUAAAACUCUGCUUAUACGACUUUAUAUUUUUAUUGCCUGGGCCAUUGAUCUUUUUUUUCUAAUAACUGCCAGCUGAUUCCAUCCUCUGUUAGAUUUCUUGCAGCUUACUAGACACUCUCUUUCGACCUUCGUUUUAGAAUCACCUCCUGGGGCAAUGUUACAAAUAAAUUCCCAUUAUAAUACAACCCCAUGUUUAUGUUACCUUCAUACAGCUGGACAUCCUAAGAACGCAGUGAGUGCAGUGUAAAACUAUCCACUAUCCAAGUAUUAUAAUAAAAGGCUUUGCAUUCUGCGAACACCAUCCUACUUAUAUCUGGCCUUCUGACACAACUAAGAGGCAGUACUGUAUGUCAUUACUGACCAGUAUGAUAUCUUCCUUUCCCACUGCAAGGUCACGUGACCACUUCGUUUGUAGCCCUCUUAUCUGCUGUACGAAUCUCUUCGCGUUAGCCCUACCUUCUCAAAUUGUUUUAUACUUACUGGCUCUUUAUUACUUCUUUUGAGUCACCUGCUGUCUGAAGGACCUGCACCCUGGAGGUCCUUUCCAAUUGCUUGUUGGUCUUAGUUCUAUUGUAACUAUCUGCUCGUUAGAGCUCCUCUGCUGUUACCUGCUUCCUCGCUUCAUUUCCAGUUUCCCUGUGGUUUGAAGCUCCGUUCUGUCUACCUACUGUCCCAGUUUCCUUUGUAAUGACCUGCUGUUUCCAUCUCUUUCUGUAAUCAUCUGCCUUUUCCUUCGUUUUUUGUAAUUAGCUGUUAUUUCAAACUCAUUUUCAGUCAGCUGCUGGCUCAGUCACUAUAGUUACUUGCUUGCGUCUGCUGCUUUCUGAUGACAGGGCCUCUCCAAAUUCACUAUACUUGCCUUCGGCCUUAAAUCUCUUUGUAAUUAAUUGAUCUUAUAAUCUCUUUUGUAAUGACCUGUUGUCUUAAACAUCUUACAUUUAUCUGCUGUCUAAAGCUCCUUUGUAGUUAAUUGCUGUUUAACUCUCCCCUACCUCCUGCUUCGAGCUCCUUCCUAAGUACCUGCUUUUCAAGCUUCUAAUGAAUUACUUAACUACUUUCCUCAUUACUUGCCGUCUCGAGCCUCUUUUGCAAUGACUUGCUCUGUCGACCUCCCUGGUAAUUACCUUCAGUCCCAAGAACCUUUGAAAUUACCCCCAGUUUUGUGCACCUUCGUGAUUACCUGCCGUCUCAGGUUGUAUUGUAAAUUACCCAGCCUCUCUUGUUUUUAUCUCCUAAUUACCAAGCAGACAAUCUCCCACUGUAAUUGCCUGCAUGUUCAAGUUUCCUUUUGUUGACUGGUGCUUCUUAGUUAUUUUGUAAUUGAUAGGGAAUAUCAGUGCUUGUGUUUAUCAUUGGAAGUUCCCGACUCAUUCUAGUUCCACGUAGGUCCCUGAAGAUUCGGUUACCUGCUUGACUGCUUUCCAAAUCUCCUAUUCCUAUGUUAACCCUACAUCGUAAUAAUUACUGAUUUAGAUUCCUGUGUAAUUCCUUGACGGCUCCUGCGACAAUGUAAUUGGCUUCUGUAAUUGUCCGGUGGCAAGUACUCCUUCGUCAUUACUACUGACCAGACAUCUCAUCCAAACAUAUGCUGGUGGUUUUGUCUCGUACGUAAUUGCCAUAUGAUUUAACCUCCACUGUAAUUGACUCCUGAUUAUAUGAUAUCUCCUAUGUAAGCUCUCUCUGGCACCUGCGAAAGGAAGGCCUGUGAGAAUACAUUAAUGUACAGACAAUUCUAGGUUAAUUAACAAGAAUUCCCUUUCAUAUCUUAGCUUCGGUAUAUCUGGUCUAUGAGCCUAUA